UACGUUUGUAUAAGAAAGAAAAAGAAAAGACUCUGUUUUGAUCUCUCUUACCAUUUAGUUGAAUACAGAAAACAUACUACCAUUUUCUUUUACCCCCCGUCCAAUGGCUCCCAGAUCCAUUGUUUUCUUCCUUCUGUUGAUGUCCUUUGCAGGUGGAAGAGCUCAAUCAAAGCAAUCUGGCCGUAUAAACCCGGGCACUUCACUCUCUCCCACUAAUCAACGGUACUAUUCAUGGGUUUCUCCUGCUGGGCGAUUUGCAUUUGGGUUCUACCAGCAAGGCAGUGGCUUUGCGGUAGGAAUUUGGUUCGUCGGUAAAGACAAGACAAAAGUGGUGUCAGUGGUGUGGACGGCAAAUCGUGAUGAUCCACCGAUCUCCUCAAAUGCAACGCUGGAUUUUACAACGGAGGGUAUGCUUCUUUUGAGAAGUGAGCGAGGACAACAGAAUCUCAUUGCGAAUGCAAUAUGUUCUGUUUCCUAUGCCGCCAUGCUCGACUCAGGCAAUUUUGUGCUUUAUGACAAUGGUUCCAACAUAGUUUGGCAGAGUUUUGAUCAUCCUACCGACACCAUUUUAGGAGGUCAGACUUUGUUCGCCGGAGGUCAACUCUUCUCCAGCUUAACCAGGACUGACCACUCAACCGGAUCACGGUUUCAUCUCAGGAUGCAAGAUGAUGGAAACCUUGUUUUAUACCCAGAAAACACCGGAGACACCUCAGGAGAUGCUUACUGGAGCACAGACACUGUCGGUCAUGGUUCCAAGUUUCACCUUUAUCUCAAUAAUACAGGCACUCUGCUCAUCAUCAACGGCACUAUUUCAGACACAGUUUAUACCUUGUAUGAAAAUAGAGCAUCUUCGGCCCCCAACAAUAAUAUAAUUUAUCGCUCAACUCUUGAUUCUGAUGGAAAUCUCCGUCUCUAUUCUCAUGCCUAUAAUGAAAGUGGCGACUUCAAUGUAUCAACUUUAUGGCAAGCGUUCACAGAUCCAUGUGCUGUGAAAGUUUCGUGUGGUUUCAACAGCUAUUGCACAUUCAACGACAACCAGCCAUACUGUGUUUGUCUUCCUGGGACUGAUUUUGUAUAUCCGAAUGACAGGUCUCUUGGCUGUGAGAGAAACUUUUCGGAAGCAGUAUGUACAGGUGGAAAAGAAAAUGAAGCCUUAUAUCGCAUCCAAACCAUGAAGAAUAUGAAGUGGGGAGAUCGUCCUUAUGUUGAGGCACCAAUGUCAACAAAGGAAGAAUGCAGCAGGUCUUGUUUGGAAGAUUGCAAUUGUGGGGCGGCACUAUUCGAGAGUAAGUCUUGCAAGAAACAAAGUCUUCCGCUCAGAUAUGUAAGAAGAGCUACAAAUUUGGAGACCACGGCAAUUUUUAAGGCUGGUAUAACAAGCCUUAAGAAUAGCAACGAAACUGAUAACCAAGAGAUGCCACUUGAGGACGUACGCAAAACAGCAAUAGUGCAAAUUCUUCUUGUGACUUUAGGCUUUACUGCAUUGUCAUGCGUUGCCCUUGGAAUCUGUGGCAUUUACGUUUUCAAAAGUCGAGUUUUAAGGUACCAAAGGCUAUUAGAAAAUGGAAACCUGGGCCUGAAUGAGGAGGUCACAUUGAGAUUAUUUUCAUAUAAUGAGCUCAAAAGAGCUACAAAUGGCUUCAAAGAAGAGUUAGGUAAGGGCUCCUUCGGAGCAGUUUACAAAGGGGUACUUUUCAAAGGUAGAAGACUUGUUGCAGUAAAGAGACUAGAGAAAUUAGUUGAAGAAGGUGAAAGGGAGUUCCAGGCAGAGAUGCGAGCAAUUGGGAGAACCCACCAUAAGAACUUAGUUCGAUUGCUGGGUUACUGCACCGAGGGCUCUAAAAGGCUUUUGGUUUACGAGUACAUGAGCAAUGGUUCCCUUUCGGAUCUUCUUUUUAGAGCUGAGAGACGUCCAGACUGGGAUGAGAGAGUGAGAAUAGCACGAGAUGUUGCAAGAGGAAUCCUCUAUCUACACGAAGAGUGUGAGGCCCCAAUUAUCCAUUGUGAUAUAAAGCCUCAAAACAUUCUAAUGGAUGAUUUUUGGACCGCUAAAAUUUCUGACUUUGGGUUGGCAAAAUUUUUAAUGCCGGAUCAAACUCGGACCUUCACAGGGAUUCGAGGGACAAGAGGUUACUUAGCACCUGAAUGGUAUAAGAACAACCCAAUAUCAGUGAGGGCAGACGUUUACAGCUAUGGAAUAGUGCUCUUGGAAAUUUUGUGUUGCAGAAGGAACAUAGAGAUUAACAUAUCAAACGAAGACGAGAUGAUUCUUUCUACUUGGAUCUAUAAAUGCUUCAUUGGUAGAGAGUUGGACAAGAUUGUGCGUGGAGAAGAAGUAGAUAAGGCCACCUUGGAGAAUAUGGUUAAGGUUGCACUCUGGUGUAUUCAAGAUGAACCAGCUCUUCGUCCUUCCAUGAAAAGUGUCCUCUUGAUGUUAGAAGGGAUUACUGAGAUAUCUAAUCCUCCAUGUCCAGCUCCUACGUCCAUGUAAACUUUCUCCUAGAAGAAAAAAUUAUAUUUGAUUUCAUGUAGUUUUUAUUUGUUUUAUAUGUUAGCCCUCUUACUAAGUCAAUUGUUACAAUCCUCUACGUGUUAGUAUCCCUGCCUACCUCUUUCAGAUUACUGGGAGUAGCAUUGUGUUAGUCUUGAUAUUUAUGUAAGAGUUCUAAUCCUAGUUGAGUGGGACCUUAAAGUCCUAAUCUUAGUUAGGUAAGAGUCCAAAUCCGGGUGGGACGAUAAGUCCUAAUCCUUGUGUCUAAGUCAAUGUUGUAAGUUCUAUUUAAGUGCAGUACUGGA